AUGAGUAAGGAAGAAUCCCAUGAGACUGUGGAGAACAAAGAAGUUGAUACUAUUCAAGAACCAGCCGAUGAAGGAAAACAAUUUGAAGGCGAAAGGUACCCACGGAAAGAGGGAAUGGAGUACAGAGAACCCGUUAAAAGGAGGAUGAAAUUAAACCCUAUUGUUGAGUAUUUUAAAGAUAUAUCGUUCAACCUUCCUUAUUACGUUCCAAAAGGGAAAUCAAAAGACGAAUUGGACGAGGCGUUUGAAAAGAGAGAUAUUCACGUGUUGAACAAAAUAUUGUCUGAUGCUGCACAGGAGAGAAACUACUCGAAAGUCAUAUACGUGUAUAGGGGAAUUUAUGAUAGACACAUCUUUGAGAAUUUAUACACAUUGACUAUUAUGGUGAACACAGGGGCAAGAGUUGGAGAUACCAUAUUAGUCGACAAGGCGUGGAAAAGAAUGCGACAAUUGGAUAUCAAACCAAGUGAUGUCACUCGUACCGUUACGAUCAAAGCGUACUUAGGAUCCGGUCAAAUAGAAUUAGCACUAGGGUUGUUCUAUUCGAUGAACACAGAAAACAUAAGAACAAUUAAUACUGUACUUAGAGGACUCUUGAGAAUGGGCACCGACAAACAGAUCAAAACUUUCAUGAAGAGAGGAUUUAACCAAAUCGACGACCCGACUACGAAAGAAUACUUAGCGUCUAUGUAUACAAUCGAAAGUGCAAAUGACUAUAUCAAGGAACUCACUGAGACUAUGAAAAGUAAAGACGAUGUGACACCAACUACGUUAUUGGUGUUAGCAACGUAUAACUGUUUGACAAAUAACGUCAAUGCUGCAGACGAUUUACUUCGGGAGUUUGGAGAAGUGUGCGACGACGACAAAGAUGAUUACAGGAAGUCCAUCAAACUCUUUAAAAAACAUCAGAAUUCACAAUUGAGACACCGAAGAAAGUACAUCAAGGCGUACAUCCAAAACGUUAAGGCAAACCCCGAUACACUCAGACCAGUACAAUUCUUCACUCAAGCCCCUGAUGUCUUCCAACUCUAUCCAAAAGCAACAGAAAUCAUUAGCUUUGAAAAGGUCUUUGGGAACACCAAUCCAGUGAAUAUAGAAAUGUGUAGUGGAUAUGGAGAGUGGUUAAUCGACAAAGCUAUUUCACAACCAAAGCAAAAUUGGGUUGGUCUUGAGAUUUACAAAGACAGAGUGUUUAAUAACUGGGCAACUAAAGUGUUUGCGGAGGUAAAGAAUGUCUCCUGCAUAUGGGGAGAUGCAGCAGAAGUCAUCACUAUGGCAAUCUUACCAAAUUCAAUUGAUAACAUCUACUUGAACUUCCCCGAGCCUCCUAAGUUUGAAAAUGCACCAACUAAUUUGUUCAAGUCGCAGUUCUUCUUCCAAGUUGCGAAAGCGUUGAAAACGGGAGGGACGUUUAAUUUGUUGACUGAUUCUAUUAUAGUGGUCAAAAUCAUUAAAAAGGUCUUUGAGAAUACGCCAUUCUUAGGUGUACGAUUCCGUUAUGAAGGCAAGGAAAUGUUUGUCAACAAAAUGCCUGCAGACUAUGGAACUUCUUACUUUGAUCAGCUAUGGAAAAAUGCGAAUACGAAUGAAGAUAGAUAUUUCAUGAGGCUAGUAAGGACAGGAAAGGUUAAUUGA